CAGCAAAGAUGACCACUAGAUUCACGCUUUUGAUUUUGCUGUCCGCAUUUGUAUGCACAUCGUGCGCUGAGUAUCUGAGAUUCUGCUACUAUGGAACUUGGGCGACUGAGCGGAGGACACAUGCACUUCAUCCUGAAGAUAUUGAUGCCACCCUCUGCACCCACUUGUCCAUGGCUUUCUUCAAUCUCGACAACACGACCACGCACAUAGUCGCAGAGGACCACCACCAAAUGAACAUGGUAUCAUCUGUGAACGCCCUGAAGACCAAGAACCCAGCACUGAAGACAAUAGUGUCAAUCGGAGGGUGGAACGCGGGAACGAGCUCGUUUAGAAAGCUUGUAUCGUCAAACGAAACGAUGACCACUUUCGCUCACAACGCUGUCAGGUUUUUGCGGUCCCAUAAUUUUGACGGUCUUGAUCUGGACUGGGAAUACCCCGCGGCCAGAGGCGGCAAGCCCGAGGAGAAGGGCCUUUUCGUCGAUCUUCUUCAGGUGCUGCGCCAAGCGUUCGACCAGGACCCACAAGUAGCGCACGGGAAGGACAAGCUGAUUUUGACGAUCGCCGUCGGGGUCCACGAAGAUCGAGUCGCUGAGUCGUAUGAUGUCAGCGGAAUUGUCGAGAACGUGGAUUUGGUGAACUUAAUGAUGUACGACUUCCACGGCCAAUGGGAAGACACCGCCAACGUACACAGCGCCCUCUACAGCCAGUAUGAGUUCAAUGUGGACCGUUUUGUGCGCCACUGGGUGUCUAAUGGGGCUCCUAGAGACAAGCUCCUGGUGGGCCUUCCUUUGUAUGGCCAAAAGUUUACUCUAGCUGACGCCAACGAUAAUAAAAUAGGCUCACCAGUUACCGACGGUGGCGCUAUGCCGUUUUAUCAGAUUUGCACUUUGAUAAAUGCUCACAACAUUACCCCCAUUAUUCUACCGGACGAGCGGGUCCCAUACUUCACAUUCGGACACCUUUGGGUGGGAUAUGAUGAUAGGGGAAGCAUUCGAGAAAAGGCUGAGUAUAUAAAGGCAGAAGGUCUGGCAGGUGCGAUGGUUUGGGCCAUUGACCUUGAUGACGCCAGCAAUUCAUGUGGCAUGGGGAAAUUCCCUCUCAUGAACGCCCUCAAGAACACCAUAGCUGGCCUUCCGGUUUUUGAAUAUCUGAGGUUCUGUUAUUACGGAACCUGGGCAGCUGCCCGGAAGUCACACGCCCUUGGACCGGAUGGCAUUGACGCUAACCUCUGCACCCACAUAUCAAUGGCGUUCUUUACCCUGGAUGAAACGUCAACGCACAUCGUCCCCGAAGAUCCGAACGAAAUGAGCAUGAUACCAGCUGUGAAUGGCCUUAAGACGAAGAACCCGUCCCUGAAGACGAUAAUAUCUGUAGGCGGUUGGGAACAAGGGUCGGAAGCCUUCAGUAUCCUUGUGUCUUCAAACAAGACAAUGACAACUUUCGUCCAGAACGCUGUCAGGUUUUUGCGGGCCCACAACAUUGACGGUAUUGACCUUGACUGGGAAUACCCCGGGGCCCGAGGCGGCAGGCCCGAGGAGAAGGGUCUUUUCGUUGAUCUUCUUCGUGCGCUGCGCAAUGAAAUAGACCAGGAUCCGCAAAUUGCAAACGGGAAGGACAAACUGAUUUUGACAAUCGCCGCCGGAGUCCACGAAGAUCGGAUAGCUGAGUCGUAUGACGUGAGCGGCAUCGUUCAAUACGUGGACUUAAUCAACCUAAUGAUGUACGACUUCCAUGGGGAGUGGGAGGACACCGCUAACGUACACAGCGCCCUCUAUAGUCAGUAUGAGUAUAAUGUGGACCGCUUCUUGCGCCACUGGGUGGCUAACGGGGCUCCGAGAAGCAAACUUCUGAUGGGUCUUCCCUUAUAUGGCCGCGAGUUUACUUUAGCGGACAUCAACGACAACAAAAUUGGCGCGAAUGUUACCGACGGUGACUUUAUGCCGUAUUAUGAGAUCUGCGCUUUAAUCAAUGCACACAACAUCACCCCCGUCAUUCUAAGUGAAGAGCGUGUCCCGUACUUCAUAGAUGGAAACCUUUGGGUGGGAUAUGAUGAUAGGGGAAGCAUUCGAGAAAAGGCUCAAUAUAUCCGGGCGGAAGGUCUGGCAGGUGCGAUGAUUUGGGCCAUUGACCUUGACGACUUCAGCGGUACAUGUGGCAUGGGCAAAUACCCUCUCAUGAAUGCCCUCACACGCAUAAUAGCUUCACCAAUCAUUGGUUGAUUGGUAUUUUGAAUAAAACAAUUGAAACGAA